AUUUUACAGAAUCUCCCCACUAUAAGAAUAAGCACUAAGUGAUUAGCAAAAUUUUAAACAAGUUAAGCAAGUGUUUAAAUACAUCUAUUUUGUUCGUAUAUAUAAACAAGUGGAAGAAAAAAUUAAACAAGCAAAACAAAGAGGCGCAAAAGUAGUAAAAAUCGAAAAUUAGAAGAAAAAAGUAAGAACAAAAUAAGAAACCUAAAAUCAGAAAAAAAGGAAUCAAAAGAAGCAAAGAUAAGCGGAGAAGGUUUCCUCCAUCAUUGUUGACUCCCUUUAGAACAACAUACAACAAUAAAAAAGCUUUCUCUCUCUCUCCUUUCUCCAGAUUUCAGAUUGUGUUCUUGCUAAGAUUGCUAAAUUCCUCUUCUCUGCUCUCCGUUUCCAGCUUUCACCAUUUAUGCCGUGAUUCAGCUUCCUGGUCUUACUCCAGUUUCGGUCCCCAAUUCAAAUCACUUACCUUCCGAUUUCGAUCUCCGUUCCAGAGCGUUACUGUUGUUUCUGUGUACUGUUUUGACUGCGUUUGCGGGUUUUCUCGUUCGCAAUGGAGACUCCACCGGCGGAGGAGCUGCUGAAGAAGAUACGGGAGCUAGAAGAAAGCCAGGAGCAUCUGAAGCGUGAGAUGUCGAGGCUCAAGGUAUCGGCGGAGAUUAAGCAGCGUUCGCAUUCGAUGUCACCGCAACGGCCCGCGAGGAGAAACAGUGGUGAGGGAACUCCGAUGUGGAGAAAGAGCGGCGCGGCGUCGUUCCGUCACGCUUCCCCGUUGCGGAAGGAGAGCCGUGGACAUUCGAAAGCCGGAGCUGGUGGCGAAGGACAAUCGGCAGGCAAGUUCACCGAUAAACAGUAUUUGAAUAUUUUGCAGUCUAUGGCACAAGCUGUUCAUGUCUUCGAUCUAAAUGGGCAAAUAAUGUUUUGGAACUCAAUGGCGGAAAAGCUUUAUGGCUUCUCAGCUGCAGAGGCACUUGGGAAGGACCCGAUUGAUAUACUUGUAGAUAAACAGGACGCUGCGGUUGCACAGAACAUCACUCGGCGUUGCGGCUGCGGAGAGAGUUGGACCGGUGAGUUUCCUGUCAAGAACAAAGCAGGAGACAGGUUUUCAGUCGUGACUACCAUGUCUCCCUUCUAUGAUGAUGAUGGCUCUCUUAUUGGGAUCAUAUGCAUCACAAAUGAUUCGGCUCUUUUUCAAGACCCGAGGGUCCCUCCAGCUAAGACAAGGGGGCAGGAAGGGGAAACGAGCUUUAGCCGGGCGACUAAUAGUGUUGCAUCUAAGCUUGGUCUUGACUCCAAAGAGGCUGUUGUUUCGAAACUUGGCCUUGAUUCUCAGCAACCGAUACAAGUUGCUAUAGCAUCCAAGAUAUCUGAUUUGGCAUCCAAGGUGGGCAGCAAGGUCAGGUCGAAAAUGCAAGCAGGUGAUAAUAACACUGCACACCUUGAGGGUGGUAGUGGGGACAGUCAUCAGUCGGAUCAGGGCUUCUUUGAUGCUGCUUUCUCUGACCGGAGAGAGGAUGCAGCUAUAAGUGGUGGUACCACACCUAAGGGAGAUUUUAUCCAAUCUCCUUUUGGUGUGUUCUUACGUAGCGAUGACAAGUCUUCUUCAAAGCCUUCCAGAGAUUCCAUUGAUGAAAAUGAUGGAAACUCUGUUAUUCCCAAGACACUUGCCUCAAAAGCAGAAGAAUGGAUGGUAAAGAAAGGAUUGUCAUGGCCCUGGAAAGGGAAUGAACAGGAAGGUUUGGAAAGAAGGCGUGCUCAUUCUGUGUGGCCUUGGGUGCAGAAUGAACCACAAAGAGAACAGACCCAUCAAAGUAAUUCCUUUCAUAGUGUGAAGUCUGAAAGCCAGGCAUCUGAAAGUAAUAAGGCUGCCAAUCACGAGGCAAUGGGGUCUUGGUCUUCCUCUGUUAAUGUCAACAGCACAAGCAGUGCUAGCAGCUGUGGAAGUACUAGCAGCAGUGUUAUGAACAAGGUCGAUAUGGAUAGUGACUGUUUGGACUAUGAAAUCUUAUGGGAGGAUUUGACUAUUGGAGAACAAAUUGGGCAAGGUUCAUGUGGAACUGUCUAUCACGGUCUAUGGUUUGGAUCUGACGUGGCUGUAAAAGUGUUCUCCAAACAAGAAUAUUCAGAAGAGAUCAUAACAUCUUUUAGACAAGAGGUAUCGUUGAUGAAAAGACUUAGACAUCCAAAUGUUCUACUGUUUAUGGGCGCCGUGACAUCACCUCAGCGUCUCUGUAUAGUGACAGAAUUCCUUCCACGGUUUGAUCUCAUCUCAUUGGCUAAUACUACACUUCGUUUUAGGAACACGUCAAAACUGGAUUGGAGGCGACGUAUCCAUAUGGCAUCAGACAUUGUUGCUGACUUUGGUCUUUCGCGUAUCAAGCAUGAGACGUACCUCACUACGAAGACCGGAAGGGGAACGCCUCAAUGGAUGGCGCCGGAAGUUCUUCGAAAUGAGGCUGCCGAUGAAAAGUCUGACGUUUACAGCUUCGGCGUAGUACUAUGGGAGCUUGUGACUGAGAAGAUUCCGUGGGAAAAUUUAAAUGCUAUGCAGGUGAUUGGAGCUGUAGGGUUCAUGAACCAGAGGCUGGAAGUCCCGAAGGAUGUUGAUCCUCAGUGGAUAUCUUUGAUGGAAAGCUGCUGGCAUAGCGAACCACAUCGCAGACCGACGUUCCAAGAAGUUAUGGAGAAACUAAGAGAGCUGCAAAGAAAAUACACUAUACAGUUUCAGGCAGCUCGUGCUGCAUCAAUAGACAACUCUGCCCUCAAGGAAAAAUAAACCCACAGAGAAGAACCUGAUUCGCUUUGAAGAAGACGGAGAAGAAGAAGAAGCUUAGCUAUGAAAGCAGAAGAAGAGACUCUUUGAGUUUGUGUUGAAGCCGCAGUGAAAGAGACGCAGCAAGAAGAAGCUCGAUCGACAAUAUUCUUUCUCAUUGUGAGAGGCAAUUCUUUUUUACGGAAUUCGUUUCAAAACGUCAUGUGCUUGCGAGGCGAGCUAGAGAGGAUAUAUAUAUAAAUAUAUAAUUAUGCCCGAGGCUGAACCGUUUUAAAAAGAAAAAUAGAAAAGUCUGUACAGGUGAAAAAACGAGAAUGAAUCAACAACACUGAUUUUGAGUAAAUACUGUCGCAUUUUAUUGGAUUGAUGCCUUUGUUAUUGUUUGUGUGUUCUGG